UUGGCUUGAUAUGUCUACUCAAGGACAGAUAAUAACAUGUAAAGCAGCGGUUGCUUGGGAGCCUAACAAACCUUUGGUUUUUGAACAAGUUGAGGUUGGUCCUCCAAAAGAUGGGGAAGUUAGAAUUAAGAUUCUCUACACUGCUCUUUGCCAUACUGAUCUUUAUACACUAUCAGGCAAAGACCCGGAAGGCAUAUUUCCUGUAAUAUUUGGACACGAAGCUGUUGGACAGGUCGAAUCUAUUGGAAAUGGAGUUGGGAGUGUUGCUAUAGGAGAUUAUGUAAUUCCUUGUUUUGUGCCUCAAUGUAGAGAAUGUGAAUUUUGCAAAAAUCCAAAGACUAAUAUGUGCCAGAAAAUAAGAUUGCAACAAGGCCGUGGUUUAAUGCCUGAUGGAACUAGUAGAUUUAGUUGUAAAGGGAAAACUAUAUAUCAUUUUAUGGGUGUCAGCAGUUUUAGUGAAUAUACAGUUUGUGCUGAAAUUUCUGUUUGUAAGAUACCAAAAACCUCACCAAUCGACAAACUUUCCCCACUUGGUUGUGGUGUCUCUACAGGUUAUGGAGCUGUUUUAAAUACCUGCAAAGUUGAAACAAACUCUACUGUUUCUGUAUGGGGAUUGGGAACUGUUGGAUUAGCUGUUAUUAUGGGGGCUAAAGAAAUUGGGGCAAAAAGAAUUUUGGCUAUUGAUAUUUGUGAAGGAAAAUUUGAAAAGGGUAAAAAGGAAUUUUUUAAAUUAAAUAAACUUUUUCCGGAAAAUUGA